AAAACGAUAUAGUCUUUGUUGAUAACUGGCACACGUUUUGGGGCAAGUCCGGGCUCAUGCGCCGAGACGGCAUUCAUCCGACUUCGGACGGUGCUGCUCUCUUAACUCGAAAUUUGGCCGCCAAACUAAGUCUCCCAAAGUGACACUUCAGAGUGGGGGCCCGGGCGCAGUGUUGUAGUGUAAAACACAACUCUGUUAGUAGUGACCACUCGCCUCUUUCCGAGCUGUCACAAAUCCAAAAUUCAGGACAGAAGAUAGAGACUGUGUCCGUGCCUCGUAUAGUGAACAGGGAAAAGCAGAGUACUAUAGGAACGAGACCAAAGAAUUUAAUACAUAUAGCCCCUGAUAGCAGUGAAAAUAAAAUAGCUCUUAAUAAAUAUAUAAAAUGCGGAUUAUUAAACAUCAGGUCAAUCUCGCCCAAAUCUCUGUUAGUUAAUGACUUAAUUGGGGAUUAUAAUAUUCAUAUUUUGGCCCUGACUGAAACUUGGCUUCAGCAGGAUGACUUUGUUGAAUCCACACCCCCAAGUCACGUGAAUUUUCACACAGCUAGAAGCACGGGCCGUGGAGGGGGGGUGGCAGUAAUAUCACACUCUUGUUUAGGUAUGAGCCCAAAAAGUAAAGCUAAUUACAUUUAUAACUCCUUUGAAAGUCUAGCACUAUCAAUUAUAGACGCAAACUGGAAGAACCAAAAACCAGUUCUUUUCAUAGUGGUUUACCGUCCCCCUGGUCCCUACUCACAGUUUUUGUUAGAUUUCUCUGACUUUUUAUCUAGUAUUUUGCUAAGCUGGGAUAGAAUUAUAAUUGUAGGGGAUUUUAAUAUACAUGUUGACGAUGAAGGUGACUCCCUUGGUAAGGCCUUUAAUGACCUACUAGAUGGGACUGGCUUCAUUCAAAAUGUAAAUAAACCAACUCAUAGUCACAAGCACACCCUGGACUUGAUUUUAACCUACGGUACGGAGAUUAGUGAUCUUAGUGUCCAUCCCCACAACCCCGUACUGUCUGAUCAUUUUCUAAUUACUUUUCAGUUUGUGCUUCAAGAUAAUCCGCCACUAGUGACUAGAACUCAGAUGAAAAGGACAUUAGGUGAUCGCUCUGUUUCAGAGUAUAAACAGAUAAUUCAGCCUAUAUUUGCCUCCAUGUCAUCUAAUUAUGAAGGAAUAAUGUCCGGCCUUGCUGUUAAUGACGAGUUUGUUGAUCGUGUUAUGUUUACGCUUCGUACUACCCUCGAUGUCGUCGCUCCCUCCAAAUUAAAGUUUGUCAAGCCGAGACGAGCCUCUCCCUGGUAUAAUGCUGAAACACGCUCUCUUAAACAAUCGACACGUAAAUUAGAAAGACUUUGGCGCCGUUCCAACACAGAGCACACCAUCUCUGCCUGGAAACACAGCUUAGUGACAUAUAAGCAGGCCUUGCGUACGGCUAAAACCAGAUAUUACUCAUCCUUAAUAGAGGAAAACAAAAAUAAUCCUAGGUUUCUGUUCAGCACUGUAGCAAGGCUGACAAACAGUCACAGCUCAAUAGAACCUUGUACCCCAACCACCCUUAGCUGUGAUGACUUCCUAAAUUUUUUUAACAAUAAAAUCGCAACUAUUAGAAAUAAAAUAAAUGAAUCACUUCCAGUUAUUAGGUCUGAUAAAGUGCAGACAAAGAAUUCGGAAUCUCCUAUAAACCCCUCUAAAAUAUUAAAUAACUUUACCACUGUAGACCAAAUUGAUGUAAUUUCAAUUAUAAUGUCCUCCAAACCAUCAACGUGCCUCCUCGACCCAAUCCCAACCAAACUUUUUAAAGAGACCCUGCCUCUAACUAUUGACACUAUCUUAAAUAUAAUAAAUACCUCAUUAGUUACUGGCUACGUGCCGCAGUCCUUUAAAUAUGCAGUUAUUAAACCGCUCUUGAAAAAACCUACUCUUGAUCCUGAUAUUUUGGCCAAUUAUAGACCUAUUUCUAACUUACCAUUUCUCUCCAAAGUCCUUGAAAGAGUGGUAAUUAAACAGCUCUGUCAGCACCUACAGGACAAUAGUUUAUUUGAACAGUUCCAGUCUGGCUUUCGAGCUCAUCAUAGCACUGAAACCGCAUUAGUUAAAGUAACUAAUGACUUGUUACUUGCCGCUGACGUUGGAUUAGUCUCGAUCCUGGUUCUGUUGGACCUGAGCGCAGCCUUUGACACAAUCGACCAUAAUAUCUAAUUGCAGAGAUUAGAAUGUGACAUAGGCAUUAGAGGAGCAGCCCUCUGCUGGUUUAAAUCAUAUUUAUCUAAUAGGUACCAGUUUGUCAAUGUAAACCAGCAAUCAUCAUCGUACUCUAGAGUUAGUUAUGGUGUGCCGCAAGGAUCUGUCCUCGGGCCCAUCUUGUUUACGCUGUAUAUGCUUCCUCUAGGUAAUAUCAUCAGAA